UCAACUUACUAAAUACAACAAGUAACAAUCUAAAUUGUUGAAAAUUUGUUUCUUUUUUUUCAUUGACGAUUUUAAAUUGUGAUUAGAUUCACGGACAGGAAUUACUAUUAAAUUGUAAUUAAAGAGGCGUUGAAUUAAUGGAAACGUCAUUAAACCAGUUUCUCUGUUAAUUUCAUGUCUUGUUAAUUGUAUCUCUUCUUGAUUGUCUUCAAUUAGCAAUUUAUUUUAAUUCUAAAUUGUUAUCAUUGAAUAUAAUUAACAGGAGACUAUUUAUUUAACCAAAUUUUACAAUCCAUUUGAUUCUGUGAACUAUUAAUCUGUGAUCAUUACAGUUAAACAUUUCCACAAGCUAUUGGAAUCUUAAUCGUCACAAUUAGUUGAUUCUUUUGCUUCAACAAUUAAAAAUGUCACUUGUUAAUCAAUCUGAAUUCAACAACAUCUCUUACAAUGAUCAUCAAAACAAAUCAUCUGAAAUAUUAUCAAAAACAAUCACGAUUGUAUCUUCAAUAUUACCGUUACAAUUACCAAUCAAUUUAACCAAUUUAAUUGCGACUUUAAUUGUGAUAUUAACAGUUUUUACCUUAAGUAAAUUGAUUCCUUUGAUUAUAAUGUUGAUCAAAUUAAAACGUUUACCUCAACAAUCAAGUAAUUGGUUAUUAGGACACUUGGGUAAUUUACUUCCUCCUCCGUUUACCUCAAACAAUCAAUUUGGUAAAGGUCUCAAGAAUUGUGUUGACAGAUUGGAAACUUUUCUCCAUCAAAAUGGAUUAAUGGUCUUCUGGGUAUCAUGGUUUCCAAUUAUCAUGAUAACCGAUCAUCAAAUCUUAAUGAAAUUAACAUCGGCAACAAUAGAGAAAGGUCCAGGUCCUGAUGUGGCUCGAAACUUUUUCGGCGAUGGUUUGGUUGUACAAAAUUCUCGUAAAUGGAAAGGUAGACGUAAACUGUUGGCUCCAGGUUAUCACAUUUCGGCUCUUGCAAAUUAUUUACCAACGAUAUCAAAAGUUGCUCGAAAUCGGGUUCGAUUGAUUAAAGAAAUUUCCAAUGACGAACCAAUUGAUACCCGACGAUUUACCCAAGAAACUGGUAUGGACAUGACGUGUGAAAUUACGCUGGGAAUUGAAAGCGGUACCAAAGGAACCCCUGGUUGGUUAUAUCGUAAAUCUAUUGACGUUGCUCUCGAAAUGAUGCUAAUCAAAGCAAUUAAUCCACUUUACUGGUUUGAGUCAAUUUUCCGUUGGACAGUUGACGGUAAAAGAUCACGAAUCGCCUCACAAUAUAUCCGUUCAUUUCCUACCUCGCUCAUUGAGACUCGAAAGGUCACCCAUGUUCCCGGAAGCAUAAACCCAAAGAAAUAUAAUCCCUCGGUUAGAUUUAGUUUACUUGAUUGUCUAAUCGAUUUACACUUAUUAAGUCAAUCGGCUGAUAAAGCUUACUCAUUUUCUACGGCUGAUAUUCUUGAAGAGACAAAUAGUGCUCUUUUCGCAGGGAACGAAACUACCGCUGGCUCAAUGGCCUGGACAAUGUUCCAUCUCGCCGCUAAUCUGGAAAUUCAGGAAAGAGUUUACUUGGAAUUGGUUGAAAAUGGUUUCACUGGACCAGGAAGUUCGGACUACACGGAAGAUGGACUUAAAUCGUUAAAGUAUUUAGAAUGUUGCGUUAAAGAAAGUCUUCGUCUUUGUCCACCAAUUCAUACAACUACACGACGGCUAGAUGAAGAUCUUACAACGGACAAAGGUCAAGUUUUACCGAAAGGAAGUGUCCUCGCUUUAAGUAUCUAUUACAUUCAUCGUGAUCCACAAUUUUGGCCUGAACCAGAUAAAUUUAUACCUGAAAGAUUUUCCCUGGACCUUUGUUCAUCUCGACCUUCACUUGCAUACAUUCCCUUUGGCUUUGGUCAACGACAAUGUUUAGGUCAAAAGUUAGCCAUGAGAGAGAUCAAAGUAGUUAUCGCAGAAGUGAUAGCAAACUUUCAAUUAGAGAAUUGUGAAACUUUUGAUAACAUCGAUACCGCUUUUCUUGGUACAUAUCGUUCAGUUGAAAGUUUAAAGAUCAAAUUCAAACCGCGCAUAACGAACAAUCAAUAGAUUGUUACUCGAUAAUCAACACAACAUUUCAAUUGUAGAGGAAAAUUAAUAUAAGUAAAUCAUCAAGAAUAAUCAUUUAUUAUUGUCUGUUAACAAAAGAUUAAACAAUUUAAGUUUAAAUUACUAA